CACGCGUUCCACCGUUUGCGCGUAUUCAGUUCUCAGCCGUUGCCUUGAGCAGUUCGCAAAACCACGCCGGCCGUAAACAACAAACACACUCAGUAGUCUCAGUAUUUGCCGCUGCCUGCAAUCACUGCCCGUAGUAAUUCGCAUUUGGUUGUUGUUGUUGUUGUUUAUUUCCCGAAGUUUUGUUUGUAUUUUACUCUGCGUGCUCCAGUGGCGUCACUACCCACGGUGUACUAAUUUCUACCAUUUUGUUUAUCUUCGCUGUUUGUGUGAAUGCUCCAAUAAGAUUUUUUUUGCAAGAGUGUGUCCGUAGUUGCGCUGUUGUGUGUACAGUGAUUUUGACGUUACAGGUGUGCGUGAUCCGUGCGUAGAGACAUCCAGAAAGGACAGUGUACGAGAUCGCGUCACGCACGCAUCAGAAUCAGAUCCAGUCCUUUUAAGGCGAUCUGGCUUAAACCAAAAAAAAAAAUCAAACCGCGUCGCACCUGCUUACCCUUUACCUUCCCCAAUUUUCAUCCCUCACAACAGUGUCGUAGUGCCUAUCCAGAGUGUUGCCUGUGAAAGCGAGCAAAGCAUUUGUGUGAUCGUGUGAAGACGCCGACCACGUGCGGCACAAAUUCCCAGCUCCAGCUCCAACCAGGUAGCGCGCCGCUGCUGCUCCAUCAAUCAACCCGUGCGGCAAACAGCUCAGCCACCGAGUCUGAAGCGUUACGCAGAAUCACAUCGCACCCUUUUGCGGCAGACUCACACUACUACCGACCAGCCUAAUCACCAUCAUGCCUGGACGUCCACUGUGGCAGGUCGCCGGCAAGCGGGAUCGCGACCAGGAGCGCGAAGCGCAGCACUGGAUCGAAACGGUGAUCGGGGAAAAGUUUCCGGCCGGCCACGUCUACGAGGACUGCCUGCGGGAUGGCAUCCUGCUCUGCCGGCUGAUGAACCGGCUGUCGCCGGGCAUUGUGCCGAAAAUCAACACCACCGGGGGCGACUACAAGAUGAUGGACAACAUUAAUCAGUUCCAGAAGGCGUGCAUCAAGUACGGCGUGGCCGACGUCGACCUCUUCCAGACGACCGAUCUGUGGGAUCGCAAAAACGUUGCCCUCGUCACGACGACCAUCUUUGCCGUGGGCCGAGCGUGCUACAAGCAUCCGGAGUUCCGCGGCCCGUACCUGGGACCCCGGCCGGCCGAGGAGAAUCGGCGCGAGUUCACCGAGGAGCAGCUGCGGGCCGGCGAGGGCCUGAUCGGGCUGCAGGCCGGAUCGAACAAGGGCGCUACCCAGGCCGGGCUCAACUUUGGCGCCACCAGGAAGAUCCUGCUCGGCAAGUAGGGCCACGACGAAGGUGCAGUAGACGGAGCAGACGGGGGAGGAAAAACAUAGCAACAAACAAACAAACAAACAAUGAAAAGAGGAGUUGCCCCGGAGAGCUAGCUUUUCCGCCGCGAGCAGUUCGUCGCUUGCUGAAAGGCGUGACAUUUUUUUCUUUUAUCACGGCUCAUGCUGCACACUAAAAUUCUAACUGUAUUGUAUUUACAAAUAUGCUAUUUGUCCCUCAAGCCUUCGGUACGUUUUUCUUUGUUUUUGUUUUUGUCCGUCAAUGGGGAGUAAGCAAGCAAUCGCAUCACACAACAUCAACUUAAAUUAUUAACUUAUUUAUUGAAAAGAGAAGCGUUUGGCUCUUGCUCUGGGCAUUUUAUAAGAUCACGAUAACAUAAAUAAUACCCCCGCGGAUGUCGCAAGUAUUAAUGCACAAGAGAAAACACAAGAAAGGUGUAUGGAGAGGACCAGGGACAAAGUUCAAAACAAAUUUUGGGUAGGCUUCUUUCGGCGCGUAGAACAUUUCCAAAAAAUCAAGAACACACCGCCAACAUGGCACAAUUUAUACACUAUACUAACACCACUAACUAAGUAAUGUGCGUGUGUGAGUUUUAGAAAAAAUAUCUAAUCUAUUUUGAUCUUACGCCAGAAUAAGUAUUACUACUCCCCCACAUGCUUUUCUCUCGACUACUUUCAAACAAAUCUGGACAAAAUGGGGGUUUUUGCUUUAUCGAUGUUGUUUCUUGUUAAUUUUUUUUUCUGACCAAAACAAUAAAGUACAAUAUAUUGCCUUUCAAAAAAAGAAG